GUGAAGGCGAAAAUCCGGGGUCGACAUGACUAGGUUGACUAGCAGAUGCAACCCGGACGACGCUUAGUUCAUAUACGGUCGAUCGCGGCAACCCACAAGCUUUAGUGUCGGGCUAUAUCCUCUCUUUGGGUUGGCCUGUGUGCGUCUUUCAGCUGCACGCAAUGGCUAUGCCGAGUAUUAAACCACCAGCCUUAACCUUCUCUCGAAUAUAGCGUCAGGAGAAUGCUUAUUAUUACUGUCUGUUCACUCUGGUACUCUGCUUCCACAUCCACAGCACCCGAAGCAUCACCCACGCCGUCCAAAUGGCCGACACGGCGGCCGCUGAUGGGCGGGAAAAGCCGUCAGACCCACGGCGGCUCACUCUCGAAGCAUGGUCCCAGGGCUUCAUGGUCGGUGCCCUGAUCAUCAUGUGCGGCAUCACUGUUGCGAAUAUGCGACGGGGAGUCCUGCUCCACAAGCUCAUCCUGAUCGAGCUUAUCCUAGCCAUCCCCAAUGGGUUCUUUAUGUUUUUCGACCCUCCAGCAUGGGGCUGGUUUCUCUCCUCAACGGCUAUUCUGCUCAUCACGUCCUGGACGCUCCACAAUGUCAUUGCGUGGAUGAAGAGCAAGCCCUUCCUGGGUCGCCGAGGGAAUCUCAUCUACAUCGGCAGCGUCCUCCUCGUCCAGCCCUAUUGGAUCCUCGAGAUAUACGCGAACUUCGCCUUCUUCAACGGCCUUGACGGCCAGCUCUUCAUGAGGACACGGCCAUACGAGGCUGUUUUCCGCGACCCAUGGUGGAUCUUCACCAUUCUCAAUCUCUUCUGGAACAUCCAUUUCCGCUACGAGCUUGGCUUCCUCGAGAUCGUCCAAGUCUCUCCCCGAUUCGGCAUCUUGCUUCUCUGCAUGAGCCUCAGCAUGAUCAGCAUCAUCGUCGACAUCCUGUCCGUGACCCCCGUGAUUCCCAUAGGCGUCAUCAACCCUUUCUGGAAGUUUGCCUUUGUCUUCAAGUGCUUCACCGAUAGUAUCAUCCUCGACGACUUCCGGGCGGCGUUGGACAAGCUCAGCCGUCGUCGAAUGGCCCAUAUCCUCCCCUUUAGUAUUCUCGGAGACUCCGUGCCGGAACAGAGCUUCGUCAGCCGCUCUCCAACAGAGGGCAACCGGCAAGGAGAUCAGGGCGGGAGCCUGGAUGCACAAUCGAAUACCGAGAUUAGCAUGGUUGCCUUGGGGGAAGGGUGUGUAGGGCUAUCCGACGGCCGUGGUCUGUGUCCCCCAUCCCCAGUCCGAGUUUAUCACGUAGAACGCAAAUCAACUCAGAGCGUCAGAUAAUGAUCAGUAGCUGAAAUGCAGACAAUAUUAUCCAAGCACUCUACUGUCAAGGAAACGUUACCAAUAUUCCAAA